GUCCCCCAUAGUGCCCUGUGGGCCGGGGGCAGGUGGGUUAGGACAUACCAAUGUCCUUACUGGGGUGUCCUAGGUCAGACCAUACCAGUUUGUCAAAGGCACCUCUGAAAUACUGGUUCUGGGUCAGAUCUGCAGCUCACAAUUUAGAGAGGGAUACGCAGCUGACACCCACGGCCCAUGUGUACCAGUUUUAUUAGGCAUCUCCUUUUUGGCUUUUUUUUAAAAGCAACCAGCAUAUUUUCUGGUGGGCAACCAAAUCUGAGAUUCAGGUUGUCUCUAGAGUGUGCGCAGUCCUUUAAAUUGUCUUAUUUAGAUUUAUAAUCUUGUGAGGAAGGAUUUUUUAGAUGAGUGAUCCAUUCAAAUUGUAUGAAUUGCAGUGAAGACAGGAGAGAAUCUAACUCUUUGCCUUUUUUUUUCUUUCAUGCAGAUCAUAAGCCACAAGGGUAGAUAUUUUAAGGAGGAGAUUGACACUCAGAGACUGACUCAAAGAGUCCUCCAGCGAAACUUAAGUCAGCAUUCUUUUAGCAUCAGUAAAAUGGAGUUAGAAGACAACUAUGUUGAUGCUUUGGAUCCAGAGAAGUUAAUACAAUGUCCAUAUGAUCGUUAUCAUCAAAUCCGAGCCUGUCGCUUUCCCUAUCAUCUUGUAAAGUGCAGGAAGAACCACCCUGAUAUUGCAGAGCAGCUAGCCACAUGCCCCUUUAAUGCCCGCCAUCAGGUUCCCAGAGCUGAGAUCAGCCAUCACAUAUCAAGCUGUGAUGACAAAAGCUGCAUUGAGCAAGACAUUGUGAGUCAGUCAAAUACCUGCCACAGAGAGAUGAUGAAUACUGUCAGCAUGUGGCAGCCGCCCCCAUGUGACGAAGACUGGGAUAAAGAGCUACAGGAGCAAUCAAAUUCUGUGUUCGUUUGGGGCACGUUCAGUAGUGGCAUAAACAACAGCCCUGGGUCCAGCGUAAUGAUGGAACCAAAGAAUAACCUAAUGCCAGGCAUGAGAGCACCCAGGUCCUUGCCAUAUAGCCUAUCCUGGAAAAGCAGAGGAGGAUGUUUCAACCUGCCUCCAUCACGCGGCCAAGUGCGGGAACCUGGCCAUGGUCUCUCUGCUGCUGGCCACGGGCCAGGUGGACGUCAACACCCAGGAGCUGGUAACUGAAGACCAGAGAAGAGAAGAGGCUGCUAUUGAGUGCCCUUGAUACCAGAGACUCUCAAAAAUUAACUCCAUACACGCUGGUGCCAAGGAGGUAGCAGAGUUUAAACGGUUUGGAUCAGCAUGCUUUACAAGUUACUUCCUGUAGGGUGUUUGCAUAAAUCAUUGCUGGACUCCUGCAUGUCUUUGGAUUAAAAUGUGUUGUGGCUGUUUACCAUUGCA